GGCACUGCUCCUUGCAGCUAGUCACUGCAGGGUUGUCAGAGCUGUUGCUGGACGUGCAGAAGGGAGAGAUGAAACAUGGACCGAGGGCGGCAGCCAAACGGGAUCCUCAAAACUUGUUUGCUGCUGAAAUGGGAGAAUUGAAUAUUUUUCCACUUAAUCUAAAAAUUGGCCUUGGUUUCUUGGACUGUUUCUCACCUCCUCUCAGCAUCAUCUACUGGAAAGAAGGCUCAAGAGAAAGUUGGGGAAGAUCUAUCAAUGCAACACCCGAGGAAACCCACCCUGAUACCUUCAUUUCUCCAUUUGUGCAGCCCACGUUGUGGUGUAAUGAAAAUCUAUGGCUAUACUGUAUCACAGCGAAUAAAUCCAUUUGGAGAAAAAGGCACCUGGUGAAAGGCCACAGUGCACUGGAAUGCAAUGCUGCUAUGUGCAAUGCUGCUUACAAGAAAACUUUGGGUAAAUAUUGCACGGGUCAAACUUACGAUCCAACUUUUUCACGUAACAGGGCCACGUACUGGAUGCCUUCAGAAUCCGCAUUCAGCGUGUCCACUUUGCUCUUUGAUGCAAUGCCACCUCACACAAGCAUUCGAGCCACCGUCAUCUAGUUUUCUCUUUCUUUCUCCCCUUGCUAUAAUGACCCAAAUCUCCCUUUUUAUUUUGUAAUUUUCGUAAGUUUUUUAAGGCAAUGACUAUAAUAAUUCAUGUUUGGUGAAAUAAUUCUUUUGGUUGAUAUAUUUCAUAGUUUGGUCUCUAAAAAAAGUUAAAAAACAACAACAAGAACCAAAAACAAACAACCCCCCGCCCCAAGCUUCCCUCUGCUUGAUGCCAUAGACAAGAGUCCAAAGGACAUUAGCUGCUCCAUUGCACACAUUGGAAGGGAGAGUUUGCUGUGAGCUCAGUCCUUCUAAUAGACUGGCAAUUUUGUAAAAGGUUUAGAGAAUUUUGUUUAACCAUUUCUGCAUGUGUUUUUAAUGAGCUCAUGAUGGUUUCUAACAAAGGCCAGGUUGUGUGUUUUCCAGCACUUUCUGACCUGAUUCCUCCCUGCUGACUUGGGGAGUGGGCACCUGUGCUUCUCUCCUGGCUCACCUAUGGGAGUCGGGGUGGUGGGGCCAUCUCCGGGCCUGUCUUCACGCCAGGGAUGAAUCAUGUAGUAGGCAGAGUGGAAGGAGUCUCUUUAUUGACAGCUUUCCAUCUGGACUUUGGAUACGGCUGAUCGUUCAUGUAGAGCCGCGGUUAGCUGGAAGGGGCUAGGCAAGUCAGCUCCUCCUUAAGGGAUCAAGGGUGUGUAAGACAUCAGGAAAGAACUGCCCGGGAUUUCAUUGGCAAAGCUUAGAGAAGCAUUUUAUCCUCUGAGUUUCAGGUAGCCAGGGUUGUGAAUGUGUAUGACUGCAGCUUUGACAGGUCGGUCUUUAAUAGUCAAUAGGAUCAUUUAUAGCCUUGUUCAGAUAAUCCAACUGGAGUACACCUGAAUAAAUACAUCAAGCUCAGGUGGCUAAAAGCUAACCCCUUUUGAGUUUAAUAAUUAAAAUAAACAGAGCUAUGAAGAUGAAUUUCAGUUUGUCAUGCAUAAAUGUAAGAAGCUCCAUAAAGGAUGGUGUUCUGUGAUUCAUAUAGGAGUAUGAUGGAUGUAUGAUACGUUUUCCACAGCUAUUUAAGAAAAAACGAUUAUCUUAGUCAUGGGGUAAAGUUAUGUGAAGCAUUGCACCAUCCAGGCUGUGUCUGGGCCAGUACAGAUUUUUUUUUCUUUUUCUUUUUCUUUCUUUUUUUUUUUUUUUGUGAAAGAUUACUUCUUGGCAAACUAGAUAUGCAAACGCCAGAAUACAGUAAAACCACAUUUAAUUGGACCUACUUGCCAACUUCUUGAACACAGCUUGGAUUAUUCCACUGGAGGCUGCUUCUGUUAAAAGCUGGGGGAGGAGGAAGUGGCAUAUUGACAAGACUUCAGAUAAUUUUUUUUUCACUCGAAGUACAAUUAUGCAAUGAGCCAAGUUUGGAAGUAUUUUACUAUGUUUAAUAAUUAUUAUUAAAGAUAUUGUAAAACAUAUGCAUUUGUUAAGUGGAAUGUAAUGGGAGUAAAAUCAUGUCAUCAAUUUUCCUUUGGAUUUAUUUUCCCAUUUUGUGUUUUAUUUGACAGCCUUCCAAAUUGAUUCUAGCCAAAACCAUGCACUCUAAUAUAUAUCAUACUUGAUAUUAAAGUGAGAAUGCGAGUAAUUUAUAGAAUCUGAGUGAGAACAGUUUUCUUCUCUUAGCCAGCCUAUAUGGAGCUGCCACCUCUGCUCAGGUAGCAACCGACACAUGCCUUGUACACAGAAAGGAAAAUAAUAGGGGUCGAGAAAUCCUCCACACAUCCUUCCUGAUAGACACUCCAAAACCCACAUAUCCCAGGCAUUGUUCAGUGGGAGAUCAGGGCCAAGGAAAAGGAUAACUAUUUCUUUAUGUGUGUGUGAAUCUAGAGGAACCAGACUCGUCUCUGGAAAUGCAAGUGGGAAGUGGGAUUCACUGAGAAGCCAUCAUUCUGCUCAGGUGAGUCCUGACUUCAGGCGAGGGAUCCUAAAGGUGACACUGCAAUCCUUCACCUGGAAAGCCAAGGAGACAUGACAUCAGUGUGUUUCACAUCCUAAGCUUAAACAAAUGUAUAUUGUUUUUACUGCCUCUUUCUCAAGGGGGAACACUGCCCCUGAAACUGCAGUCCUUGAAACCGAACAAAGGUGCCAUUGCUAAUGAUUAGCAAGACGCUCCGGAUGGUUUGCAUCGAACUCCACCUGCUAUGUGAAAACCCCAUGCUUUUCUCACUUUCCCACUUAAGCUGCUUAGCAGUUGGGUCCUCUCCUCUGAGUGUGGUUAUGUGUCUGUUUGACUUCUGUGUGCCCUGCGAUUUCACUGUUUUCUUCUGCCCUGCCACAGCAAAUGACCAGUGGAGGCAACCCGCGGACGGAGGAAAAGGGCAGGUCCCUGCAUCCAUCUCAGCGCCUUGCAGCGGGCAGCCUGUCCUUUCAGGCGGGAGUUCCCAGCGGCGUUCCUAGGUGUUCUGAAUGUGUGCCCCGGGGCUGAGGGAAGCCUCGUGCAGCUCUGCUGCUGUGGGAGGCAGGGGGGACUGGAGGGGACGGGAGCAGUGUGAGGCUUUCAUGUGCAGAGGGGACAUGAGGACAUCUGGACGGCAUCCCUGUGAGCAGGGCUCCCGCUGCAGGCCUUUGAAAACCCUGCUGCCCUGGCUCCCCAGCGCCUUGGAACUUUCUCCCUAGAGAAUGCAGAAAAGCCAGUGCCCUUGAUUUCUUAGACAUCUAAAGCUUCUACACCUGCAGGGUUGUCCAGGAGCAAUGAGGUUUGGGUUGAGGGCCUGAGCACUUUCUGAAAAGUGCUUGUUUCUAAGAACCUGGAACUAGGAGUGAGGAGUGACAUGAGUUCUGCCCUCAAGUUCUCUGAUAACCAGCUGUGCAGUCUUGAACAAGUGAGUUCAUCUCUUCAUCUUUAAAAUAAAACUUUUGGGCCAAAUGA